CCCUAGCCGUCCGCGCGCUGCUCGCGCCCGCGGAACUGCGGCUGCGGUUCGAAGCGGGGUCGGGGGCUGCUUGGCUUUGAAUGAGCUGGAAGGGUUUCCAAGCAGCUUGAUUUGGAGACAUGUCAGCGUCGGUAAAAGAAAGCCUUCAGCUUCAGCUGCUGGAGAUGGAAAUGCUGUUUUCUAUGUUUCCUAACCAAGGAGAAGUAAAACUUGAAGACGUAAACGCCCUAACUAACAUAAAGCGGUACCUGGAAGGCACUAGGGAGGCGCUCCCACACAACAUCGAAUUUGUGAUCACGCUCCAAAUUGAGGAGCCCAAGGUGACAAUUGAUUUGCAAGUGACCAUGCCUCACAGCUACCCGUACGUGGCUUUGCAGCUGUUUGGGCGGUCACCUGAGCUUGACAGACAACAGCAGCUUCUUCUCAACCAAGGUCUCACUGCUUAUCUGGGGACUUUGGAUCCGGGUGAGCUGUGUGUGUGCGCAGCAAUCCAGUGGCUGCAGGACAACAGCACGUCCUACUUCCUCAACAGAAAGCUGUCGGAGGAGCCGUCCACACAGGCAAAGCCCGUCAAGAACACAUUCCUCAGAAUGUGGAUCUACAGCCACCACAUAUAUCAGCAGGACCUCAGGAAAAAGAUUUUGGAAGUGGGGAAGAGGUUAGAUGUGACUGGAUUUUGCAUGACAGGAAAGCCUGGUAUAAUCUGUGUGGAGGGCUUCAAGGAUCACUGUGAGGAAUUCUGGCACACAAUCAGAUACCCCAACUGGAAACACAUUUCCUGCAAGCACGCCGAGAGCAUGGAGACGGAAGGCAGCGGUGAAGACUUGCGCCUCUUCCAUUCCUUCGAAGAGUUACUCCUCGAGGCCCACGGUGACUACGGACUGAGGAAUGACUAUCACAUGAACCUGGGCCAGUUCCUAGAGUUUCUCCGAAAACACAAAAGUGAGCAUGUUUUUCAGAUACUAUUUGGUAUUGAAAGCAAAAGUUCAGAGUCCUAGGACUCUAUUAAAAUAUCUAUGCUUGUAAUUAUACUAAGUAUUUAUGUUAAUAAAACCAAAAUAAAAAGGCCAACGACUAUAUAGAAUUCUGGGUGGAAAACCUGGCUCUAGAAUUUUCUGACUGCUAACGAAGCAAAUAGGCCUUUAACUUCCUAUCAGUCUAACUGUGAUGUUUCCAGGUUGCUAUGUAAGGUCACACUUGGUUAUCAUUUCAUUAUAAAUUAAUAAAACAGUAUAUUUAACCAGAGAA